AUAAGCUCCCGACAGUAAGUGUGUCUCGCGUUUGCGCCUCUGCCAUUCAAGAUUUCCAAGAAUUCCCAGUAUACUGCUCAUGGCUUCUCGUACUGCCUUCCUCCCCGUGCUGUUACUCCUAGCGGCUUCGUUACCAGCCAUAGUAAAACCAGCGGAAGCUCAGAUUUCAAUUCCUGGAGUUAACCUUGGAUCUGGCGGGAUUUCGACCACGAAUCCUGGCAGCGUGACUGCCGGCGGCACGCAGAUAUUCUCAAACGGAACUUUCCUCGGUAGCGACGGUCAGCAAAUUACACCGACCGUAAACCCCGACGGAUCUGCGACAGCCGGCGGUGUGACUGUCUACCCUAACGGAACCGUUACGAACUCUGACGGAACCGUCGUUACGCUUCCCGGCGGGGUGACCAUCGGAACUGGCGGGUUGCAGACUCCAGGCGUGACUGUGAACCCUGACGGAACUGUCACCGUGAAUGCACCGAAGCCCGCUGGUUUUCUCGCGUCACCUGUCAGCGCUGCGACUGGUCUCGUCUCCCUGCUCUCCGCUCUGCUCUUCUUCGCAUAGAGAAACAAAGAGCGAGGGAGGGUUUUGGCUACGUUGCAUGCCCUGUAUAUAGACCACAUUAUACGUUGCACAUAUUAGUUACUGUUACUGUGCUGAAUCGAUUCCUACUGACCACUGCUGUUGCAGCUGGGCAGUCCAUUCAUCGGAAAAAACGGGGGUCAGGAAGGUGGGAUUAAACGUAGGUUUUGUUGGAGUGGUUCCGCCACCCACGACGGACUACUCGUGACUUGGGGUGACGAGGAGAGACGUGCGGACUUGGGACGAGAAGGAACUAGGAAAUGGGGAAUAUUGCGUGAGCGUGAAGUGUACGGAAAGGGGAGGAGCUGUAGAGAAGGUUUAGAAAAGAUUGGUGGAAAGUAAGGAGAAUGGUGGUUGAGUGGAAGAAAGGAAUGGAAGUGGC